AUGAGCAAAAGCGGAGGGAGGACGAGGAGCACGACGGUGGCGGCAGAGGGGAGGAGCAGCAGCAGGGCAAGGCGGCGGCGAGUGGGCGCCCGCCCUCCCCGUCCGCGAGCUGGUCCCCGGGCACGGCGGCGGCUCCCGAGCCCUCCUGCUCAACUCGUGCCGUCGGGGCCCGGGCGCGUGGGUGCCGCGAUGCUCGCGGAGCCGCUGCAGAUCCCCGCCGACCAGGCCGCGCUGGCGCUCGGGGCGCUCUCCGCCGUGCUCCCCGGUGACGACGACGACCCCGCAGCGGACGACGCGUGGGAGGCCAACCUCCACGCCGUGCUCCUCUUCCUCUACAUCCAACCCUACAAGCGCCUUGUGCCAAGGCCUCGAUUCCAUCCAUUUGCUCAUGUGUAG